UGCCAUGGCGCUGGCAUGGGCCAGUGUUGCAGGUGCAUGCAGAUCUGGGCUUGCCAUUGGCCGUGCUUCCCAUGAAGCCGGCCUUAAACCCCGUGCCUGCAAGGAAAGGUGCCUGCCGUGGCUGGCGGUUGCAGUUGCAGCCGCAUUGCCACAGACAAGGCGAUGCAGGCCGAGAAGCCGAUUGAUGCGGCCCAGUGUGGCAGAGGAAUCUGGCGACGAUUUGAUUCCUGCCAUGCCCAUUGGCAGACUGGUGAGCAAGGGCAGCACCACUGGUUUGGAGUACGACCCUUUUGACGCCCCUGAGUUCAUUGAAGAUGAGAUGGGCGGAGGCACUUUCAGCUGGAUGCCUGUGACGGCUGAAGGGGGUCUGCUCCCGGAGGGGGAGUACGACGAGCAAUCCUUUGAGGUGCCUGUGGACCGCUUGGAGUACCUGCAGGGCUCCGGAUUUCUGCAGGCCAAGGAGAGCGAGGACUACAGGGCGUACUUCAUCGGAGAGGUGACAGAGGUUCAUGGCCGCAAGUGGCAGCGGGUUGUGCUGAAGGGCCGGAGGGACUCUGUGCAAGAGGGCGGCCUGCGGCUCAUGGAAGGUGUCUUGCGACGGCGCCCGUGGGACGAGCCAGCCAAGCUGCCCAGCCCCGAAGACUUGAAGGAGCCGCUGCUGCUCCCACGCGCUUGAGGCAGGCAUCUGCGUCUCCGCGAGAUAUGGCAGCGCAUUGCGAAAGAAGUGUCAGUUC